AUGAGGCUCUGGGUGAUCCUCGGCGCCCUCGCGGUGGCGAUCCACGCCUCUCUCACUGAAAUCACCAGGAACAAGAACCGCGGAAGAGGAUCCAUGUGGUGGGGAAUCGCGAAGGCUGGCGAGCCGAACAAUUUUUUGCCAUUGUCGCCGGCCUCCCUGAACAUGGAUCCCACGGUGUACGCGACCUUGAGGAGAAAGCAGAGGAAACUCGCCAGGGAGAACCCGGGGGUGCUGAUGGCGGUCGCCAGGGGCGCGAACCAGGCGAUCACCGAGUGCCAACACCAAUUCCGCAACCGCCGAUGGAACUGCUCCACCAAGAAUUUCCUCCGUGGGAAAAAUCUCUUUGGCAAGAUCGUCGACAGAGGAUGCCGGGAGACCGCGUUCAUCUACGCCAUCACGAGCGCGGCCGUGACCCACAGCAUCGCCAGAGCGUGCAGCGAGGGCAGCAUCCAGUCGUGCUCCUGCGACUACACCCAUCAGGCGCGCGCGCCGUCCGGCUCCAAGGACUGGGAAUGGGGCGGCUGCUCGGACAAUAUCGGGUACGGCUUCAAAUUCUCCCGCGAGUUCGUCGAUACUGGCGAACGCGGACGGAAUCUCCGCGAGAAGAUGAACCUGCACAACAACGAGGCUGGCAGAGCGCACGUGUCCUCGGAAAUGAGGCAGGAGUGCAAGUGCCACGGCAUGUCCGGCUCCUGCACCGUGAAGACCUGCUGGAUAAGGCUGCCGAACUUCCGCAUGGUCGGCGACAACCUGAAGGACCGUUUCGACGGCGCGUCCAGGGUGAUGGUGAGCAACUCGGACCGCGUCCGCGGGAACGGGAACGCGAUCGCGAGCAACUCGGCGAGCAAUUCGGUGCACGGGCACCGGGACGGCCUGGGUCGCCGGCAGCGGUACAACUUCCACCUGAAACCGUACAACCCCGAGCAUAAGCCACCCGGGUCCAAGGAUCUCGUCUACCUGGAGCCGUCCCCGCCGUUCUGCGAGAAGAACCCGAAGCUGGGCAUCCUCGGCACGCACGGCAGGCAGUGCAACGACACGAGCAUCGGCGUCGACGGCUGCGACCUGAUGUGCUGCGGCAGAGGCUUCAAGACCCAGGAGGUGACGGUCGUCGAAAGAUGCGCAUGCACCUUCCACUGGUGUUGCGAGGUCAAGUGCCAGCUUUGCAGAAACAAGAAGACGAUACACACAUGCCUCUAG